AUGCCAAUUAUAGUAUCUCUUGAUAAGUUGGCUGAUAUUCAAAAAGAAGAUGAAGAACUUCAAGACUUACUUUCUUCAAACUCUUCUCUUCAAUUAAGGACACUUAUUCUUACUGGCUCAACUUCUCCUAUUUAUUGUGAUUGUUCUUCUGAACUAAUUCGUCUUUAUGUGCCUAAACCUCUUCGCAAGAGAAUUUUUGAUGUUGUUCAUGGACUUGCUCAUCCCAGUGGAAGAUCAACAGCUAAACAACUUUUACAAAAAUUUAUUUGGCCAUCUUUGAAAAAAGACAUUAAAGAAUGGACUCCUUCUUAUACUCAUUGGGUAGCUAGAUACGGUCCUCCCUUAACUAUCACCACGGAUCAAGGAUCGCAGUUCGAAGCAGCUCUUUUCAAGGCUUUAAUCAAUUUGAUUGGUUGUGACAGGAAAAGAACUUCUGCUUAUCAUCCUGCUUCAAAUAGCAUUUUGGAAAGGUGGCAUAGGACUGUCAAGACUUCCAUUAUGUGUCAUCAGACGAAGAAUUGGUUAGAAUCUCUUCCUUCUGUUCUUCUUGGUCUUCGUUCAUGUUUUAAAGAAGAUUUAAAAGCUUCACCUGCGGAUUUACUCUAUGGAACCACUCUUCGGAUUCCUGGAAAAUUUUUUAUUGAAGAGGAUUUUCCUGCAGAUCCUAAAAUCUUUUUGGAGAAACACAGAAUUCAUAUGAGAAAUGUCAGAUCUUCACCAACCAGUCAACACAUCAAGAAAUCUCCUUUUGUACAUAAAAAUCUCUUUGAUUGUACUCAUGUUUGGAUUCGUGAUGAUGCUGUCAAGAAAUCUCUUCAACCUCCUUAUUCUGGACUAUUUCUUGUUGUCAAACGCAUUUCUGAUUAUUUGUUCUCUAUAAAUGUUUCAGGUAAAAUUGCCAAUAUUUCUACAGAACGGCUUAAACCAGCUUUUCUUCCUAGAGAAGACUUCUCUGCAGUUUUUAUUUCCUCACCUUGCUCUUCGUCUACGGAACCUGCAACCAGUUUAGAUGUUCCUGCUUCUAUUUCCGUUCCUGUUUCAAGACCUUUAAGAACUUAUCCAGCUAAGAAAAAAGUUCAUUUCGCAACGUAG